GGGGCACGGGGCCAGCACGUCUAGCCAGCUCGAAGUGCCACGACUUCACAGCGGACCACGGAUUCUCCAGCGGAGUGAGGGGGAGAGCACUGGAAAAAAAGCAAGUUAGCUAGAUAGCUGGACAAAUAGGUAGCUUUUCCCAGAAGUCACUUCAUCUACAGCUCAAAGCUUUUUGCCCUCAAUCCGCUCCCUUUGAAGCAAGCAGACGUAGCUUUAUCAGCGCCGAGGUUUACUAAACUUGAACAAUGGAUAUCUAUGAUCCCCAGACGCUUGGGAUUAUGGUGUUUGGUGGAUUCAUGGUGAUCUCUGCUCUUGGGAUUGCCCUUGUCUCCACCUUCUCCAUGAAGGAGACCUCUUAUGAGGAGGCUCUGGCUAAGCAACGCAGAGAGUUGGGUAAGAUACAAUCUGGUCGGUCAGACAAAAAGAAAAAGGACAAGGUGUCUGAGAAGAAGAGCCGUGGAAAGAAGAAAGAAGAAAAGCCUAAUGGUAAGAUCCCAGAACAGGAGAAAGCUGAAGAGGCUGCUGAAGCUGACGGUGAAGCUGACUUGGUCGAUGAGCCUGCUGCCGCUGAGACAGUUGAAGAUGCUGCUCCUGCCCCGGUCCCUGAGCCUGUCGCUGCUUCUGAGGCUAAAUCAACUGCAGCCCCAGCGGCAGUAGAGACGCAGACCAAGGCUGCUGCUGAACCUGUUGCCGACCCUUCACCUGCACCCUCGCCUAAAGACAAAAAGAAGAAGAAGGUAGCAAAGGUUGAGCCAGCCUCCACCCGGCCAGCCCCAGUCGUCUCUCCUCCUGCACCAGCCAAGUCUUCCACUGCCCCUACAGUAAACCAGGUUCCUGCGUCUGCCCCGGCCAAAGCAACCCUCCCAGUCACUGCACCUGCCCCAGCCAAGUCUGCCCCGACAUCAGCCAAGUCUACCCCUGCAUCAGCUAAGCCUGCUCUUGCCCCUGUGUCAGCAAAAUCUGCCCCCACCACAGCCAAAUCUGCUCCUUCUGCGGCUCCUGCAUCAGCUAAGUCUGCCCCUGCCGCAUCCAAAUCUGCCCCUGCACUGGCCAAGUCUGCUGCAGCCCCCGCCAAGGCUGCACCAGCUCCAGCCAAGGCUGCCCCAGUGCUGGAGGCUGUCACCAAAGAUGUCCCGGUGAUGGCCGUGCCCCCAGUGGGAUCUCAGCAGGCUCCUGCUGUUGCAGCAAAAGGACAGGAGCCCAAGAAGAAAGCUUCCAAGAAAAAGUCUGAGCCCGCUGCAGCGGUGGAUUCUGCUGACGCGCCGCUGUACCUGCCCUAUAAGGCUCUGGUGUCCACUGUCAGCAGCAUGGUGUUCAGUGAGGGAGAGGCGCACAGGCUCAUCGAGAUCCUGUCUGAGAAAGCUGGCAUCAUUCAGGACACUUGGCACACGGCCACUCAGAAAGGAGACCCAGUGGCUAUGCUGAAGAAGCAGCUGGAGGAAAGAGAGAAACAGCUGGCGGCAGAACAGGAAGAUGCUUCAGCAGUAAAGAACCGUCUUAGGGAACUCACCAAGGAGCUGUCUGCCGAGAAGUCCAAGGUUGCCAGCGUGGAGACGAGACUGAGCGCUCAGUUGAGUAAGAGGGAACAAGAAAUGAUUGCUCUGCAAGCUCGUAUGCAGGCCAGUUACCAGGACCAUGUAGCCCAGACCCAGAGGCUCAAUGCAAAGAUCCUAAGCUUGCAGGACCAACUGGAAAAAGGCCCCAAUGCCCAGCUUGCCCGCCUACAGCAGGAGAACUCCAUUCUUCGUGACGCCCUCAACCAAGCUACUAGUCAAGCUGAGAGCAAACAAAAUGCAGAGCUGGCCAAGCUGCGACAGGAAUGCGCAAAGUUGACCAAAGAACUUGGAGAGAAGUCAGAAAGUCUGCUUGCUGAUGAGCACGUCAGGAAAGGGCUGGAGGCCAAGGUGUCCACGACUGAGAAGCAGCUCUCAUUGCUGCAGGCCAGCCAUGCAGAGAGCGAGCAGGCGUUGCAGAGGAAGCUGGAGGAGGUGUGUGAAGAGCUCAGAACCACACAGAGUAGAAACAGCAGCCUGCAGGCCACUCUGGACAAAACCCAACAGGAAACCAGCACACUCUCAGAUUUUCAAGUUCGUAUUGGGAAAUUAGAGGCUGACGUGAUUGAGCGCUCUGCUCAGGUGGACGCCCUCACUGCCCAGCUGGAGGAGACACAAGCAGAGAAAAGCCGGCUUGUGCAGCAGGUGGCUUCCAUCAACUCACUGUUGGAGGCCAGUCAGAACAAAGAGGAGGUGGACAACACACAGGUGAAUACUGCAGAGCUGGAGCAACUACAGCUCAGCCUGCAGGAGAGAGACACCCAGUUGAACACACUUCAGGAGGAACUGAAGCAAUUGCAGGCAAAGCAAGAAGCUGCUGAGAACACUAUUGUUGAGCUGGAGCAAAAAACUAAUGGGGAGGAUGCCAGUCUUAUCACAUCACUUCAAGAUGAACUUACAAACCUCAAAGAGGAGAUGGUGCAGCUUAAGAACACACCACAGUCAGAUAACUCCUCAGAGAUCACACUUCUCCAGAACAGUCUGACUGAAAAGGAGGCCCUCGUCACAUCACUACAAGAGGAACUGAGAGAAGCAAAAGAAAAGACAGCCACUGAUCCAAAAACAGAGGCACAACUGGGAGCCUUUCAAACAGAAACCAAAGAAACUCUUCAGACACUCUUCCCACAGAUACCUGUAGAGACAGAGCAGUCCAACUGGUUACAAGUAUUUACGCAGAAAGCUCAGGAGGCUCUCAGCCACCAGAGCCAAGAGUCUCAGUCAAGCACAGCGUCACUAGAGUUGCUUGAGAAACUGAAAGAGGCAGAGGAGAGCCAUGGCACCUUACAGGCUGAAUGUGAGCAGUACAGGACCGUUCUGGCUGAGACAGAAGGAAUGCUGAAACAUCUGCAGCAGAGCGUGGAGGAGGAAGAGCUGGUAUGGAAGUCAAAAAUGGCAAACUCAGAGGAACAGCUGCAGGAGGCUUUGCAGAAAGUCAGCAAGCUGGAGGCUGAAAACCAAAGUGUGGAACAGAUGAAGGAGCAGAUGAUGCUCCUGGAAGCCCAGCUAGAGAAGCAGGCAGACAACCAGGUGGCAUCAGAGGAGAUAGAGCAGCUGAAGCUGCAGCUGUCGGAGAGUCACAGACGGUUGGAUUCGGUCCAGAAGGAGGCCCAGGCACACAAGGAGGAACUUGCACAGGUCAGGGAGCAGCUGGCCGAGAUCACAGUGCGGGCUCAGAGUGAACAGAAUGGCCCAGCUGAGGCUCAACCCAGUCAGGUCCAGGACGAGCUGCAUCAGACCACAGACAAACUGCACAUGGAGGCGUCUCAAAGGCAGGAGCUCUCUGAAGAGUUUGAGCAGGCCCAGAAGACUGUAGCAGAACUUCAGGCUCAGCUGGAUCUGUUAAAUGUUUCAGCAGAGUCGCCACAAUCUGACACUGAAGAUGUAGCUCAGCUCAAGGAGCGCCUGGAAAAGGAGAAGAAGCUGUCCAAAGAUCUGGGCCAGGCAGCCACCAAGCUCCAGCAGCUUCUUAAAGCCACUCAGGAGCAGCUGACCAAAGAGAGGGACACAGUGAGAACACUACAGGAGCAUCUGGAGGGCAAGGGAGAGUAUGUGGAGCUGAAGGAAGGAACGUCCGUGUGAGAUGAAGGUGACUGCGGACGCUACAAAAAAAAACUGCCAAAUAUGCCUUAUGAAUACCAUAGUUAUGCAUUCCAAAAUUAUUUCUUUCUUGUACUGUAGUUGAUUGCAUUUGUUGCAAGUGUAGGAAUCAAAUAUUUGUUAUAACGAACAUUUCAAAGUGAGAUUAGAGGAGCGAAUCCUGCUGUAAUCUUUAUUGAAACCCACAUUCCAUCAACAAUUCUGGCUAUGUCAGAAGUUAUUUAUCCCCCUGCCUUAUAUUCCAAACAUUUCCCCAUAGUUCAGUGUUAAAAGGGAAACCGAAUGUACGUCAAACGUACAUCAACCUGUGCAAUUACUUUGUAUGUCUUUUCUAUGUGGUUGAAUGAUGGGAACAUUUUAUGGUUCAUCGAUGCAGUACCUUUAGGGCCUGCUUUUCUCUGUAGCUGGCUGCCACACAUCGAAUUUGUAUGAAUGAAUAAACUACAGUGUAGCACUAAGUAAA